UAAACGCCCCUAUUGUAUCUGCCUCCACCACCACCCCAGUAACGUGUUCCAGACUCCUACCAUUCUCUGUGGUUAAAAAAUGCCCCUCUUUUGAUCUUUCCCACUCUCAUCUUAAAUACAUGCCCCCUAACAUCAGAUAUUUCAACUCUGGGAAAAAGACUUUGACUGUUAACCCUAUCUAUGCAUUUCCUAAUUAUGUAGUCUUCUAUCACGGUGGAAAGGUGUAAUCUCUCCUUUAGGUAAAUUACCCUAUUUGUGGGUUGGGUUUGUCAUUCCACUGACACAAUUUUAUGAAAAAUGUGUUGUAUACACAGCACAGAAACCAACCAGUCUGUCUCUAGCAGAUCUGAGCUGGUGUUUAUCCCACUCACAAACUUCCUCCCACUCUCGGUUUUAUCCAACCCUGUAAGAGCAUAUCCCUCUACUGCUUUCUGUCUCUGAAAUGGGGAAGAAAUACUGACCUAACCAUGAAAAAAAUGGGGAAAAAUCACUUUAAAAUUUGGCACAUAGACUCGAGUUCACAAGUCUGAAAUUUAGCACAGUGUGCUCUUGCCUAACUGUGCUAACAGUAACAAAUCUGUCCACUCUUUUAUAUGCAUAGAGUUCCAGGUGUGGCUGAGUUUAGUAUGUGACGUGCAAACUAUAGAGCGAUGAGGGUCUGAGAAUAUUUUAAAGCCAUCUCAAUUGAACGUGUUCCGAAGUGAGUCAUACUGAACUCGAAACGUUAACUGUUUUCUCUCAGCACAGACGCUGCCAGACCUAUUGAGUUUUUCCAGCACUUCGUGUUUUUUUUUAGUUUGAACUGAGGGGCUACUGGUUCCGUGGCUGUUAACUGUUAAACUUGACAAAGGUUUCCCUGUGAAUGCCAUGUUAAGAAGGGAAGGAGAACUGAUGCUGCUAAUUGCGAUUAAAUGUUAAAAGUGCGCCAACGCUGGCGUGUUAAUUCCGACAGCCUCAAAAGUCUGGCAAGAACAGAAACAUUGAGAAUGUUGCAAGCCAAGUCCAAAAAUCCACCCCCAACCCCCCCACCGUCAUCAAAAAGUCUGGGACGAAGGAGACUGGAGUGAGGAAUGUGCUGAUUUGUAUUGGUGUAAUCUGUGAAACCUCAAAAAGACACAACAAUCGGGCAGCUCUCAGCCUGACAAGAGUUUUUACACUUAGAAUGAUAAUAACCAGCUUCAGAACCCACAGGGAGAGCAGCGAUGUGACACUGUUCAUGACGAGCAUGACACUUCAUCACUAGCUAUUUCCAAUUAAGCCCGGCUAGAGAAUUUUGUCAACACUGUGUACACGAGGGGAACAGACAUCGCAUGAAUCAGACAGAUUCUGGAGGAGCUAAAUAAGGUGCUAGAAUGGGAGGGACAGUCCACGUGCUGAGGCAAACUCUCUCUCUCCUCUCUCUAACACAUCAGUACUUAACCAGCGCAGGAUCAGGAAUGUAGAGUACAGCUACUCCAACUGGUCUGCUUACUAGAGUGCACUCAGGAGUGCCAGUCUCUUUCUCUCGCCCUAACACCGAGCUCUGCCUACCUACACAGGAUCACGAAGGUGUGUCUCUCGUCUUCUCUCAGAUACAAUAAAUGUUCCGCUUCAGAAACAAAAAAAAACUGCUGGAAAAGCUCAGCUAGUCGGGCAGCAUCUGCGGAGAUGAAUCAGCGUUGAGUGACCCUUAGAACUAAUGAUAGCUAGGAAAAUGUGUUCUGCUUAGCAGCUCGAAGACAGAAGUGCCAAUCUCUCUCUCGCCUAGAAACCGAUUCAAGUGCCAAGCUCUGCUUAUACACCGAGGAUCAGCAGUGCCACACUCUCUCCCAGACACCGGUACAACUGGUCUGCUCAGCAAAGUGGGUUCAGGAGUGCCACUCUCUCUCCGUCUGAGUCUCGGACAAGGUCAGACUGUCUACAAAGGACCAGGAGUGAGUUCCUCUCUCCAAGACACCAACACUGGCCGGGGGAACAGAAGUGCCAAUCUCUCUCGCCCUGACACCACUAAAGUGCCUGCCACACUCUCUCCCAGACAUCACGGCAAACUCUACCCGUCUGCCCAGGACCAGGAGUGAGUUGCUCUCUCCCAGACACCAAGACUGAGUGUUUUGCUUAGUAACUGGAGGACACAAGUGCCCAUCUCUCUCUCUCACACACUCUCUCCCAGAUCCCACUACAAAAGGCCAACCCCAACUCAGACUCAGGAGCGCCAGUGUCUGCGGUCUGCCCUCGCCCCCAGCCCAGCCCAGCCCAGCGCAGCCCAGCCCAGCGCAGGGUGCCUGGUGGGUAAGGCCAGGACUAUGCGGCCACAAUGUUGGCCAGGAAGAGCAUCAUCCCGGAGGAGUACGUGCUGGCCCGGAUCGCCGCCGAGAACGUGCGGCGUCAGCCCCGGUACACGGCGCGGCCCCGCCAGGCUCGCUUCAUCGCCAAGAACGGCUCGUGUAACGCGGCGCACAAGAACAUCCGAGAGCAGGGCCGCUUCCUGCAGGAUGUCUUCACCACCCUGGUGGACCUCAAGUGGCGCUACACCCUGUUCAUCUUCACCAUGUCGUUCCUGUGCAGCUGGCUCCUCUUCGCCAUGAUGUGGUGGCUGCUGGCGUUCGCUCACGGAGACCUGGACCCCCGGCGGCCGAGCACCGCCUCGGAGCCGUGUGUCACCAAAGUGCGCUCCUUCAGCUCCGCGUUCCUGUUCUCCAUCGAGGUGCAGGUCACCAUCGGCUUCGGCGGCCGCAUGAUCACCGAGGAGUGUGCGAGCGCCAUCGCCGGCCUCAUCGUGCAGAACAUCUCGGGGCUGAUCAUCAACGCGGUCAUGUUGGGCUGUAUCUUCAUGAAGACGGCGCAGGCUCACCGCCGGGCGGAGACCCUCAUCUUCAGCCGGCACGCCGUCAUCUGCCUGAGGAACGGCCGCCUGUGCUUCAUGUUCAGGGUGGGCGACCUCCGGAAGAGCAUGAUCAUCAGCGCCUCGGUCAGGAUGCAAGUGGUCCGCAGGAGCAGCACCGCCGAGGGCGAGCUCCUGCCGCUGCACCAGAUCGACAUCCCGGUGGACAACCCCCUGGGCAGCGGCAGCAUCUUCCUGGUGGCUCCGCUCACCAUCAGCCACGUGGUGGACCGCCGCAGCCCGCUCUACGAGAUCUCGGCGAGUGACCUGCAGAGCCAGAACCUGGAGGUCAUCGUCAUCCUCGAGGGGGUGGUGGAGACCACCGGCAUCACCACCCAGGCCCGCACCUCCUACAUCUCCGAGGAGAUCCUCUGGGGUUACCGCUUCGUGCCGGUGGUCACCGAGGAGGACGGCACCUACUCGGUGGACUACUCCAAGUUCGGCAACCGCGUCAAGGUGGCGACCCCGCGCUGCUCCGCCCGGGAGCUCGACGACAAGCCCUCCAUCCUGAUCCAGACCCUGCAGAGGAGCGAGCUCUCGCACCAGAACUCGCUGAGGAAGCGCAGCUCCAUGAGGAGGAACAACUCCAUGAGGAGGAGCACCCCGUCCCUCCUCAACAAAGUGCAGUUCUUCACCCCCAGCGACCCCGCCGAGCACUGAGCUCAAAUCAUUUCUCAGCGUUGGGGCGCGGUUGAUAUCUGCAAACUUGAGACCAGUUCACACUUUCUGACAAGCUCGUUAUUCUGAGAUCAUUUGUAUCAUUCGCGGCGAGAUUACAACAGAACGUUCAGCAUUAUAUUACAUAUACAUAUUUUUAAUUAUACUAUACAAUGUAUAUAUUAUAUCAUAGAAUCCCUACAAUGUGGAAGAGUAACCCACCCAGACCCAUUACCUUAUCCUAUUUCCCCUGACUAA